UCUCUCUCUCUCUCUCUCUCUCUCUCUCUCUCUCUCGCAAGAUGAUGCCUCCUGGUGGUGAACAUGAAGCUAGCAUUGCUAUGACGGCCGGUCCGGUUAACGUCAUGCUUUCAAACCGGUGCGAGGCCAUGCCGGUUCCAGCCGACCGGUCUAGCUCCCCUAGUCAUGUAAUCCCUUGUCCCGACCAUGAAAGCUCCGGUCCGCAUCAGAAUGAGCAAUCAAGAAAAUAUUCUAUUCUUUGCCGAUCUCUGUGCCCUCUGAUUCUCAACUUCGAGGACUUGACGUAUAGCAUCAAUUUGCAAACCGGGAAAGCGAGCUACUGGUUCUGCUCACAAGAAUCGAAACCGACCCGGUUAAUCCUCAACGGUGUAACCGGUUUAGUCAAACCGGGCGAGCUACUCGCAAUGCUAGGCCCGUCAGGAAGCGGCAAGACCACGCUCUUAACGGCGUUAGCUGGUCGUUUAAACGGCAAACUCUCCGGUUCCGUCACAUAUAACGGACACCCCUUUUCAAGCUCCGUCAAACGUAAAAUCGGAUUCGUCACCCAAGACGACGUCCUCUACCCUCACUUAACAGUAACGGAGACGUUAACUUUCACGGCUUUGCUCCGUUUACCGAAAGAACUAACCCGAUUAGAGAAAACCGAACACGUGGAGUCGGUUAUCUCGGAUCUCGGGCUAAACCGGUGCAUCAAUAGUAUAAUUGGAGGCGGUUUGAUUCGGGGGAUUUCGGGUGGGGAGAGAAAACGGGUCAGUAUCGGGCAAGAGAUGCUCGUGAACCCGAGCUUGCUUCUCCUCGACGAGCCAACGUCGGGGCUAGACUCGACCGCGGCGGCGCGUGUGAUAGCCACCGCGCGUGGAUUGGCGCGUGGAGGGCGUACGGUGGUCGCGACCAUUCACCAGCCAUCGAGCCGGCUUUAUAGGAUGUUCGACAAGGUUCUUGUCUUGUCCGAUGGAUCGCCGAUCUACAGUGGGGAUUCGGGUCGGGUAAUGGAGUAUUUCGGGUUCAUCGGGUUCCAACCCGGUUCGAGUUUCGUAAACCCAGCCGAUUUCGUUCUUGAUCUUGCUAACGGCAUAACUCCGGACACGAAACAAUAUGAUCAAGCUGAACUGCAUGGAAGAUUGGACCGUCACGAAGAACAAAAUUCAGUGAAACAAAUGUUAAUGUCUUCCUACAGAAAGAACUUAUAUCCAUUGUUGAAAGAAGAAAUAUCCCGAACAUUACCCCAACACCAAGCCGUCUCCGGUUCAAGAACAAAAUCACCGACAAGAACAAAGGAGAUUAAGUGGUCGGCCAGUUGGUGGAUGCAAUUCUACGUUCUCCUGAACCGAGGCUUGAAGGAGAGAAGGCAUGAAUCCUUCUCAGGACUUAGAAUAUUACAGGUGAUGUCGGUUUCGAUUCUCUCCGGCCUCUUGUGGUGGCAUUCCCGAGUUUCGCAUUUACAAGAUCAGGUGGGUUUGCUCUUCUUCUUCUCGAUAUUCUGGGGAUUCUUCCCGCUAUUCAACGCCAUUUUCACGUUCCCUCAAGAACGUCCGAUGCUCCUAAAAGAACGAUCCUCGGGAAUGUACAAACUCUCGUCCUAUUUCGUGGCAAGAACAGUCGGCGACUUACCCAUGGAACUCAUCCUUCCGACUGUUUUCAUCACGGUCACAUAUUGGAUGAGUGGGCUCAAGCCUUCACUGACUACAUUCCUUCUGACCCUUCUCAUCGUUCUCUACAAUGUAUUGGUGGCUCAGGGCGUGGGGCUAGCCAUGGGAGCGAUCUUGAUGGACGUGAAACAGGCCACGACGCUGUCUUCAGUGACAAUGCUCGUGUUCUUAUUAGCAGGUGGAUACUACAUUCAACACAUACCGGCUUUCAUCGCUUGGUUGAAGUACAUUUCGUUCAGCCAUUACUGCUAUAAGCUCCUUGUCGGGGUUCAGUACACAGGGAAUGAGGUGUAUGAAUGUGGAUUAGGGUUACAUUGUAGGGUUAUGGAUUACGAAGGGAUUAGGAAUUUGAUGACUGGGGAUAAUAUGAUGUGGGAUGUGGUUGCUCUUGGGAUUAUGCUGGUGGGUUAUAGGGUUCUUGCUUAUUUAGCUCUAAGGAAUUUGUGACAGUUCCAUAUUUGACUCUUUACCGCCGAAAUUAAGCCUAAUUAAGUGUAUAAUAAGCUAUUUUCAUCGAAUUUGAAAAGGUUAAUAUUUGA